UCUUUUGUCCUUUGUAGGGAAGAGAAAAAGUAACAUUGAAAUUAUAUUUUCCAUCUAGAAUCUUAGCUCGGUUAAAAUGAAUUUCAUGUUUAUUCUCUUUAUUUUCACAUUCACUGUGACACAAAUCAGUUCGAUCAAUAAGUACAAAGAAGAUGUACAGUCAAGUCCGUUUAGAAUGAACAAGAUGAACCAGAUCUGGCACAAGGCAUUAAAGAGAUUAAAAGGGCAUAUGUUAGCAGACUUAUAUGCUGACCUAAAGAUUCAAGAUGGUUUGGAAUUACAGCUGAAACGUCUCAAAUCUGAAGAUAUGGAUAAAGGAGGAAUUAAAGAGGCAGAAGUGAGAAUUAAACUAAGAGAUAUUGUAAAUAAGUAUAAUUUACAAGAUGUAAUACACAUCCCAGAUGUUACCGGUACUAAUGAGGCAUUCGGUAAUGAUAUACCACCAGAAUUUAAAGACAAGAAAUUGCAGAAAUUGUGGGAGAAAGCAGGGGAUUCAGGGUUUUCUGAUGAAGAAAUGGAAAAUCUGAAGAAAGAAUUUUGGCAUCAACAGCUAAAGCUGGAUGAAUAUGAUUUAUUGAAGGAUGGUUUUAAAUCCAUAUCAGAUUUAGACAUGAUCGACAAUAGCUUGGAUGGGUUUAACUAUGAUAAAGAGAACAAAAAUCUAAAAUUGAUGAACAAAGAUAUAAAAGAUGGAUAUGAAAAUCUUGAAACACUUGGAUCCAAGAAACAUUUUGAAGAUGAUGAAUUAGAAUUUAAAGAUAAAAGAGUAUAUGAAUUAUAUGCCUUAGCAAGAAAAUCUAAUAUGACAGAAGCUGAACUGCAGUCAUUUAUGGAAGAGUUACGGCACUUUGAACACCGAAUUGACAAACAUGAAUACUUAAAAGAAGAAGUUCAGAUUGCUGAGAAUGUUCUAGGAAGAGAAACUAAGGAUGGAGAAAUGCCACAAAAACAUGUCUUAUUAAAACAAAAGGCUUAUGAAUAUGGAAGUAAGGUUAAGAAAUACCAUGCAGAAUUGCAAAAGAAAGUAGAUAAAGCUUUAGCAGGUCAUAUGGAACUGUGAUAUAGAACAGUUCUAUUGAAAUAAUAAAGAACCAGUUACAGGGAAACCAGUGUGAUAAUGCAGGGCAUAUGAAAUUAUACAUCUCUGACAAGUAUUUGUUAAUAGACAAGAAUAUUCAGAUAGCAUUUUUAUGGUAAAGUUCAGAUGAGGCAGCUUUUAAUAUAUGUAUAAACUAAAAUUGUAAGUCAUAGACAAAUCUAACAUGUUAUAAAAUUUCGAUUGUAUUAAAAGUGAAGUAUAUAUGAUUACCGCCAUUAAAAGCGUUUUUUUUUGUGCAGAAAAAUUUUGAAAAAUUAUAAAUCUGUCUCUACAGAUUAAGUAUGUAAAUGGACUUAAUUUAAGGGUUUCGUGAAAUUUUGCAUGUAACUAGAGUACAUGGAACUGCCCCUAUGUAGGAAACUGAUGCAUGUAAUUCAUAUGUAUCACCAAACGACAUUAAGUAAACAUUUGAUAGUUAGAGCUUUACCAAAAUUAACCAUGAUUAUAUAACCUUAAAUUUCUAGAAGGACAUGUAUUUUUAGAAACAAUGUUGAUUGGAAUUAUUGAACUUAUUUUUUUUUUUAUAUUAACACUUCUAUUUUAUGAAUUUUGAGUAAAUUAUAUUUAGAAUUAUAAUAGUAUAUAUAUACCUUUUCUCUUAAUAUUAAGAUACUGGUCAAUUAUACUAAUAGAAGAUAAGAUCUAGUCAUACUUCUUGUAUUUAUAUGAAAUAAAGUAACUACUGUAUUUCUUUAGAAAACACAUUUACGCUAACACUGCAUUCAAGAAGUAUAAAAAAAAUUAAAGCUUACAUGAUAUUAUACUAAAAUUGACUUGUUUAUUUUCAGAAAAAAAUGACUUAAAAAUAUAAAAAAGGUUCUCUAGGUUUAUGUGUAAUUAGUGAGAAUAUGGAUCUGAGCCUUAUGGACACUUAAUUUGAUAUACAUGUAUAUAGUUACAAACUACAAUUUUACUAUUUCCUGUCAAGAAUAACAUAAAAAAAACAAUAUUGAAUUUUCAUGUUAAAAAAUAAUAUCUUGAUUGUAAACAGGAGUAGCAAGAACAAAAUUCUGUAUCAUGACGUAAAUUUGUUUUCUUAUCAUUUAUAUUUCGUUCUUGGAAUGGGUUAGAGGGUUAGAGGUGUUACACAUAUUUAAAAAAAAAUUCAAUCGUAAGAGGCCUCAGAAAAAUACUCAGACAUAUUUUAUUUUUUUAUCAUGCCUAUGUUACAUGAAUAUAGAUGUAUAAUUCACUUAUAGCUAUGAUUGAGUAUGUCAAUGUUAAAGUUCAUAGAUAAUUUUGUUACAUGUUUAACUGCUAAAUAAAUUCAUGUGUAUGGUUGUGAACAAAUGGUUUGAUAUGAUUAAUAAACUAACUUCACUGAGAAAUGAAUAUGAGGAAAUCAGUGGCGCACAUCUUGGUUGUCUGCAUUGCUUUUUUAAAACUUUUAUCAGGAUAUCUUGGCUUUCCUAAUUUUUCAUUAUUAAGCAAUCAGUCAUUUUAUUAUAGAAUAGAUGUCAUAUUUAAAUAUUUACAUGUUUUUAGUAAAUGUUGCAUUUCAAAAGAUCUGUAUUUGAGGAUUUGUGCUCUAGUUUUUCCUCUGAUAACUUGCAUUUUUUUGUGUACUGCUGAUUCAUUUGAUUUGAUGGUGCUUCAAUAUUUCAUAAUCUAUUAAACACAAGAUUGAUAUUUCAUAGAUUCCAAAUGUUUUUUUUUUUUUUACUUAUAGCUCAAACUAGAUCAUGUGUUGUGAAAGUACUUUUAAUCAUAGAUGCCAGAUUUUUUAAUGUAUUUGAAAAUUAUUGGGUCAAAAUUUUUUACAUUUGUAGUAUUUAUAAAAUAUAGUAAUUUUUUUCUUUCUAUUUUUAUAUUAAAAUUUAUGACUAUGAUAAAAUCAUGAAGUUGUUACCAAUGGAAUAAAAGUAUUUUGACAGGAAUAAUACUGUUUAUUAUGUUAGUUUGUUAGUGCUUUGGAUUUUUAAGGUGUGCUUUCAGGUGGAAAAUAUGAUUUCUCCAGCCUGUAUAUGUAAAUUUUACUUACCUGCAGGAAAGUUACUUAAAUUAUGACUUUCCUGCCAAAGUAACAGGGAAUAUGAAAUUUCAAAGCACUGACAGCCAUGAAGAGUCAAACUAUUUAUAAUGAAAUAAUAGUAACAUAGACAUUCCAGUGUGAUAUUGUAGUAAAUACAUUUAUAUAUUUUAUAUUGCAAUAUUUAUGUAUAAUACGUCUGCUAAUUUAAUUGUUUAAAUGCUAUUAUUUUCCAUAUAUUGAAAAUAAAGUGCAAAACUUAACGAUUACAAAUUUUUAAUCUACCCCCUUGAUUGAGUAAUAUAGAGAUGCUUAUUUACAAAAUCUAUUUAUAGAUGUUGGCUUAAAUAUUUAAGUCCAGAUGAUAUUUUGAUAUUAUAAGCUCUAGACUUAUGAAAUCUUUGUUCUAGUGAAGAACAUAAUAUAUUCUGAAUUUUGUGUAACACUAUGACCAGAGUUCUGACCAUGUGUUGAGAAUCUUGCUAGUGAAAGUUUUAAAAUCAAAAAAAAAAUUUUUUUAGUUUGCAAAGAUCUUCCAGUUCAGUUCCACUGGUUUGAAUAUAUGUUCUCAGGCAGGAGGACAAAUUUAGAUUUGGUGUUGAAUUCGGAUCGUCAUACCAGAAUACUGGGAUUGUGCAAUGUAAUUUUUAAAGAGGGAGGAAGUAAUAAAUUUUCAAACACAAUAAAGUUUACUGAUGUUUCAGAGAGUAGAUUUUUGUGCUUUUCAUAUGACCUUUGGUCAGUCUGUAUAAAGUUUUUAUUGUAUUAUGUAAAACCAAAAAAACAACUGCCAAUGUCAGUCAUCAAAUCAUGUUUUUUUUUGUUAUUAUCUUAGAAGGUAUUCAGUGGUUGUCGUUGGUUCAUGUCUGUCAUAUUUGUUUUUCGUAAAUUGUGUUGUUAUGAAUUAGGCCAUUAGCUUUCUCAAUUGAAGUUUCAUAUUUUUCAUGUCGGUGCCUUUUAUAGCUGACUAUACGGUAUGGGUUUUUCUCAUUGUUGAAGGCUGUACGGUUGCCUAUAAUUGCUUACAUCCACUUUAUUUGAACUUUUGUGGAUAGUUGUCUCAUUGGCAAUCAUACCACAUCACCUUAUUUUUUUAUAUAUAUAUAUAUAUAUAUUGUUUACCUGAAGAAAUAAUUUUUUUUGUACAUAAUAGACUGAAGCAUGUCAUACAUCACGUCAUACAUCACAUGAAUAUUUAAUAUAGUUUCAUGAUUUAGGACAAUAAAACUACAGCCUAGUAUAACAUGGAUUAAUAAUUCAAUUAAAAAAUCAGACUUGGUGGCAUUGUUGAUUGAUUAUUGUUCCCUGAAGCAUCUUAUAUUGUUUCUUAUAGAUCAUAUAUAUUGCUGAAUAAUCUGAUUACUUAUUGAUCUCUACUAUGAAGAAUCUCAAAUCAAUUAUAUUGCUAAAAAUGUUAUUAUAUUGUUUUUUAAUUCUCCAUCCUCGGUUAACAUUGAUUAGAACCAUAGUUCUAUUAUUUUUACUAGUCCAAUUAAUCUGUUAUUUUGUAUGAAGAAAAAAUGAUCAACUUGCAAUAAAUUAAAAAUCUUUCUGGUUUG